ACGUGACGUGGGGUGGAUGAGAUCGCGGGCGGCGUUGCGUUUGGUUUGGUUUGGUUUGGGAGUCCGACAAGGCAAAGCGAAGCGAGAAGAGGAGAAGGACACACAGCGAAGCAAAGCCAGAGCAAACCGAAGCCGGUUUCAUAUCGCCCCCCGCUGCUCCUCCUGUCCUGCCUUCCUCCUUCCGCAGCUCGAAUAAAGUCCCCUCCUCUUCCGGUCUUCCUCCUCCGCGCUCCAAUCUCCCCAGCGGCACGAGUUCGGGUUCUUGCAGAGUAGCACAGAGGAGGAGGAGGCGCAGAGUGCCGGAGGAUUCGGUUGGUUGGAUUCCCCUGCUGCGGCUGCCGGUUCGGUUUCUUCUUUGGUUUGCCGUGAGCGAUUUGGUGCGCGGCGGAUUGUUGUGGGGGGGGUGCGACUGCAGAGACGAGGGCCGUGUGGAGGGAGAGUCGAGGAGGAGGCAAGGGAAGGCGGGGACAUGGGCGGGCAGUGGGUGGAGGAGGGGAUGCCGCCGUCCAACCUGCAGUGCUUCUUGGACUGCACCACCCCCACCGUGGAGACGCACAUUCUCCCCAAGACGAAUGGACGGUCGCCGACCGAUGCCUGGCACCACGCUGAGAUGGACAGCGUCGAGUACUUCAAUCUUGCCGACCUCUGGGAGCAGUACUACGAGUGGAGCGCGUACGGCGCCGGAGCUACGGUGCAGCUCCCAGGAGGGGACAGAGUAGUUCAGUACUAUGUUCCAUACCUGUCAGGGAUGCAGCUAUACACCAACAAGGCCCUGACUGCAUCCAGGAGCUUUGGUGAAGAUAAUGGCAUGGAUUUGUGGAGUGAUGAUGAGGACAACGAGAAGAUGUCGAGAUCCUGGAGUUCGACCUCUGAUGAAUCAUUGUUCAACUGUGAUGUGCUAUGGUCCAAUAGGAAGCGUCCAGGGCACCUGUACUUUGAGUUCUUUGAAGUAGGUUCACCUUAUGGAAGGGUCCCGCUCAUUGACAAGGUGUAUGAACUGUCCCAGGGCUUUCCUGGAUUGACAUCACUGAAGAGCGCUGACCUUUCGCCUGUUAGCUGGAUGUCAGUUGCCUGGUACCCUAUAUACCACAUUCCUUACCAGCGCAGCGUGAAGGAUUUAUCUGCUUGCUUCCUAACUUACCAUACCAUUUCGUCCUCGUUCCAAGAUCACGGGCUUGAGACCAUGACCAAUGAUUGUUGCCAUCCAGUUGCCAACGGCAAACAAAAUGGCCAUAUGGAUAAAAAGAGCAACACUGUAUCACUGCCUCCAUUUGGCCUCGCAGCACACAAGAUACAAGGUUCCCUCUGGACCAACCCCAUAACAGGAGAUCACAGAAAGAUGGACGUCCUCUUCGGUGCGGCGGACUCCUGGUUGAAGCAGCUUGGAGUCCAGCACCAUGACUUCAACUUCUUCAUCACUCACCCCAUGUGAACCACUGAUCUGGAGUAGCUUGCAAAGAACCACAUGGGUUCAGUUUGAAGCUACUAAUAUUACUUACACCACCAUCAACAGUAGCGAAACGUUUACAGUACAGUGCGCUCGUAAAGUGAGUCUAACAAUCGCAGGAUAGAUUUAUACUUGAGUUUACUGCAGCGAAUACCAAACAUGUCGGCACUCAAAAAGGUUUUCUGUUUCUUGUUUCGUGGCAGAAGAUGUAACUGAUCUGUACAGAAGUUUUGCAACUAAUUUGGUAUCCAAUGUGUGGUUGGAUCCAUAUUGUAGCUGUUGCUUGUGAACUUUAGUGCCCCCGAGAAUGUUAGUCCAGGAUGAAACUGCUUACGCAGACUCCAGUUGGACCUAAAUCUGUUGAUGACAGUUUCAUUCUCUUCUACAAGUAAGGCAGUUGUACGCACACGGUUUCAUUC